AUGUUUGAAAUUAAGAAGAUCUGCUGCAUCGGUGCUGGAUACGUUGGUGGUCCAACAUGCAGUGUAAUUGCUCACAUGUGUCCCGAGAUUCGCAUUACAGUUGUAGACGUUAACCAGGCAAGAAUAGAGGCCUGGAACUCAAAUACACUUCCAAUUUAUGAGCCUGGUUUGAAGGAAGUGGUAGAAUUGUGCAGAGGAAAGAACCUUUUCUUCUCAACUGACAUCGACAAAGCCAUUCAAGAAUCCGACCUCAUAUUUAUUUCGGUGAAUACACCCACGAAGGUUUAUGGAAUGGGAAAAGGUCGCGCUGCGGACCUGAAGCACAUUGAAUCCUGUGCUCGAAGAAUCGUGGCCGUGUCAAAUGGGUACAAGAUAGUCACUGAGAAAAGCACUGUGCCAGUGAGAGCUGCUGAGAGCAUUCGGAGGAUAUUCCAAUCAAACAUAAAGCCAGACCUCAAUCUCCAGGUACUCUCAAACCCAGAAUUUCUGUCAGAAGGGACAGCGGUUAAUGAUCUGAAGAACCCAGACCGUGUGCUGAUUGGUGGUGAUGAUACACCGGAAGGUCAGGAGGCGAUCCAGGCACUUUGUGCCGUGUAUGAACAUUGGGUACCAAAAAACAAAAUCAUCACAACUAACACAUGGUCCUCGGAGCUUUCCAAGUUGGCAUCCAAUGCAUUUCUUGCUCAGCGAAUAAGCAGUAUUAACUCGAUCAGUGCUCUAUGUGAGGCAACUGGUGCUGAUGUUGAAGAUGUUGCUUGUGCUGUUGGCAUGGAUCACAGAAUUGGAAACAAAUUUCUCAAAGCCAGUGUUGGAUUUGGAGGGAGUUGUUUCCAGAAAGAUGUUCUAAACCUUGUGUACUUGUGUGAAGCAUUAAACUUACCCGAAGUGGCUCAAUAUUGGCAGCAGGUGAUUGACAUGAAUGAUUAUCAACGGAGAAGAUUUGCUUCCCGAAUUAUCGACUGUCUCUUCAAUACUGCAACAGACAAAAAGAUUGCUCUUUUAGGCUUUGCUUUCAAAAAGGACACUGGGGAUACUCGGGAAAGUUCCAGUAUCUACAUCAGCAAAUAUCUACUGGAUGAAGGUGCAAAUCUUCACAUCUUUGACCCUAAAGUUCGUAAAGAACAGAUCAUUUGUGACCUGUCACAUCCCAACAUAUCUCAGGAUGCUUCUGGCCAAGCAUCUCGCUUGGUUACAAUCUGCAAUGAUGCAUAUGAAGCCUGUGACAGAGCUCACGCCAUUGUCAUCUGUACCGAGUGGGAUGAGUUCAAGCUGCUGGAUUAUGAACUCAUUCAUAAGAACAUGUUGAAACCAGCUUUUAUUUUUGAUGGCAGACGAGUUCUGGAUGAACUCCAUCCAAAACUUCAGAAGUUGGGAUUCCAGGUUGAGACCAUUGGCAAAAAGAUCACUGUUCAGAGGAUUCCUUUCACACCCACAGCUGAAGUUCCCAAGUUCAGUCUUCAGGAACCUCCUCUGAAGAAAGUCAAGUUGUAAAUAUGGAUAAUCAUUAUGUAUGUUUUUACUGUGCAAUUACACUUGGAUGAAAAAAAAACAUAUUUUUUUAAUUGUAUUUAUUAAAUGAAUGGAUAACCUAAUUAGUUUGUAAAAAGACACUUGUUCUUUGGUAGUCCUACACUGAUAAUAAUAUUUUCUUUCCUCUUAAGUUUUUUUCUUCUUCCCUGGUUGCUAAUUUGCAGCAGCUGCCUACUUUAUCUGUAUGCCUAGGCAGAAAUGACAAACAGAUUGGGUGACCUUACAGGGCGAUUCUAUCUGACUUCCAUACAUGUGCAUUUUUCAGCUUCCUUGAGGCUUCUCAACUUCCUUAAAAUUGAAGAUAAAACUGAAAAAGCUGGAAAUACGCAGUAUAUCAGCUUGCAUCUAGGGAGAGAGAACCCAAGUUAACACCCUGAAAAGAAAUGCGGUGAAUUAAGCUGUAAUCAAAAAAUAGUUGCUGGAAUUGAAUUUAGAACUAAUAGUCAGCAGACCAAGCAGCAUCUCCAUAGAUGCUGACCUUUCUGCU